ACACACAAAAUAAAAUUCACCAAAAUAGAUAUAUCGAUUUGCGUGGAUCUUUUAAGUAAAUGUGAAAGAAGUGAUGAUUAUAAUUAAAUUAUUUUAGUUUGAUAAUUAAAUAAAUUUAUCGAUAAUAUUAAUUCGAUAAUAACAAAUUGAUAUAGUUCAAGCGAUUAUUGACGAACAAACGAAAUGAUUUUAAUUUUAUAUCUCACUACAGGUUAAGCUGGCAUAUAAGAUUUUUAUUUGUUUUAAUUUGAAGAUUAUUUCUAUAUAUCAGAAAUAGGAGAAAUUGCAAAAUGAACAUUUUGCCAGGGACGGCAUCUCUUCUUGAAGAACUUGACAAAAAACUUAUGGUUUUAUUAAGAGAUGGCAGAACUUUAAUUGGAUAUCUUAGAAGUGUUGAUCAAUUUGCUAAUAUUGUACUUCAUCGUACAAUUGAAAGAAUUCAUGUUGGCAAAGAAUAUGGAGACAUUCCAAGAGGAAUUUUUAUUGUCAGAGGAGAAAAUGUUGUCCUUUUGGGAGAAAUAGACAGAGAUAAAGAAAGAGAUUUACCAUUGACUGAAGUAUCUGUUGAUGAUAUCUUGGAUGCACAAAGACGAGAACAAGAAUUAAAGCAAGACCAGAAACGACUAAUAAAUAAAACUCUGAAGGAACGAGGUUUAUCAUAUAUUCCAGAUAUGGGUCAUGAUGACAUGUUCUGACCCAUAUCCACAUCCUUGACUACCAAUACUUUAUCAUCUACAUCUUCACAUAACUCUGAAGCAUGUGAUACAUGUUACACAUCACUUUCUUUCUGAAGGGGACAACUUGUGAGAUGUGAAUAUAUCACAUAAUUGUGAAGAUAGAAAGAAUAAUUAUAUCCUACAAUAGAAUAAUAAUAAUGUAUAUCCUACAUUUUCUUUAUAAAACUAUGAUAUAAUAGUACAAUCCAAAUUUAACAUAUGAGAUGUCAAUAAUAUAAGAAUUUAUAUAGUUUUAGUUUUAUUACAUUAACCCUGUAUUUAGUGUGGAAUAUGUAUCCACUAUAAUUGUAUUGUACUUUUAAAAAUCUUCAAACUUCUACUAUAUACAAAAAUUAUAUUUAAAUAGAAAUCUAUCAUAAUUAAUAAAUAGUCUUUUACUGACUAUAUUAAAUACAUAAAUGAACAUAUUGAUUACAUUUACAGAUUUCUAGCAAUUACAUAUAUAUUUUUCUAUGAUCAGUUUUACAUAUCUUGUUUUGUAUAAAGAAUUCUUGUUUCAAUAAUUCCCUUGUAUUUCAAACUAAAAAUAAAAACGAAUACACAAUAUAAAGAAAGAUUUGAUUCAAUA